AUUUUUGAAUUCAAAUUGUCUUACAGUGGAUGCAUCAAUUCUGCACUUCAACCUGUUUUCUUGCUUUACACCGUUCUCUUCUACCGUUGCAUUGGUAGGAAAUAUUGUGCAAAUCAUGAAGUGUGUCUCUUAUAGGCAAUCUGUUCUCACGCCCGUGGCUAUCUCUGCCAGUGCAGCGUGACAAGUACCAUUAGAUCGUUGAACGCAAUUAUAUAGUUAACGGUUUCCCCCAUGCAUCCCCGAGCGCAUGGAGCACAAUCCAUAUAAGUAAUAUGUGCGUAAGGCUGCCGCUUGUAUGUUUAUUCACCGCAAUGUCUAGUUAGUAAAGAGAACCUGAUGGGCAAAAAUAUGCACAGUAUUAUUCUAGCACCAUCCGCAAUAAGACCUUCCAGAUCAAUAAGAAUGUUCAGCUUUGAAAAAAUCAACAAUCAAGUAUUGAACCGUAUUGAGUGUCCCGGAACGGAAAAGCAUUACAGAGUUACCCUUCCCAAUGGAUUACCCGAAAAUAUUCCGGAUGUUUUGAAAGAUGGCGAAAAUCGUUACUCUAUCAUGAUCGAAACAUAUUUGCCGUUGGCCGACAGGAUUAAAAAUUUCCAAGUGUACGAAGAUGACGUGUGGGUGGUGACAUUCCCUAAAUGUGGAACUACGUGGACCCAGGAAAUGGUUUGGUUGUUGAACAACAAUCUCAACUACGAUUACGCCAGAAAACAUUCGUUGGAAGAAAGAUUUCCUUUUCUUGAACUAACCGGGGCGUUGACUUUGAUCGGGGGUGAUUCGGUGACUGAGGUGGAGCAACUGGCUCGACCACGCCAUAUCAAGUCACAUCUUACGGCCAUGCUGCUCCCGGAUCAAAUUUGGACAGUAAAACCGAGGAUAAUCUACGUUUCACGGAAUCCAAAAGAUGCCGCAACGUCCUUCUAUCAUCACUAUCGCAACAUUGUUGGUUACGAUGGACCCAGGGAGCACUUUUUCGAUGCCUUUCUGGGUAACAAUUUAAUUUACGCGCCUUUUGGAGACCAUGUGAAAGACUAUUGGAAGCUGAAGGACCAGGAAAACGUUUUGUUCAUUACCUUCGAGCAGAUGAAAACAAACUUGAGAAAAGUAGUUAUGCAGGUAGCCACAUUUUUGGGUAAAACAUUUACGGAUCAGGAAGUGGAUGUUCUGGAGGAACAUCUCUCGGUAGAUUCAAUGCGAGCUAACAAAUCAUGUAACAUGGAUGCACUUGUGGAAUGGGCGAAGAGGGUCAACUACAGCGAAGAAAGGAGACAGAACGACGCAAAUGAGUUUAGAUUUAUACGCAAUGGAAAAAUUGGAACUUACAAAAUUGAUAUGAGCGAGGACUACAUUGAACGUUUCAACGAAUUUGAGAAAAUCUUAACAGAAAAUAUCGGAUGUAACUUCCAUUUUUAGCGUAUAAAAAAACACUAAUUUUUCAACUUCAGAAUUAUUGCUUUUGAUAGGUACAAAUUUUUAUCUGGUGGACCAAAUAAGCGUAGGGCCAAAACACAGAGAAACAGGCGUAACAUUUAGAACUCAUUUCAUUAAAUAAAACAUCGUCACGAUUAUGUAACCGCCCAUUGCUAAACGUACUGUGUUUGGCCGGACCAUCACUAGGUGGCGGUAGUGAGUAAACGUCAAACAGGAGCAAAAACGAUGCCAACGCCGCAAGUAGUCAAUAGACCUAAUCAAAAGACGUUUAAAAUCAGCUGAUUUUUUAGGUCUUUGAUAGUUCUUCUAUGAAAAUGACAGUUCAGCCUUUGCGCCUUUGUUCGGGAGCUGUAAACAACAGUGGCAUACACGGACCUGUCAACUGAAAAGGCCUACUGACCAACUACCGAAAAUUUAAACCAACCAUUAAAAAGUUGAUCGAUGGGAAGUGAUCGAAGUGUGACGUCAGUUUCUCUGUGGCCAAAAUAUGAGUUUUUUUUUCGAGGAUCCACCAUUAAAGACUCCAAGAAUUAAGCAUUUAGUUUCUCCAAAAAUUGCAAGCAAUGUGCUUUACUAGAAUUUUCUUUCUUUUCUUUCGCAAAGGCUUCUUUCUAGCUACGUGUCUUUUUUGCUACGGAUUUCAACAAAUGUGUCGUAUGUACCAUUAUUCGCUUAAUAAACAAUCAUAUUUGCAAAGCAAAAAUGAACGUGGACAUAAAUAUCACAAACAUAUUCUUCAAAAAAAAAGUCCUUAAGGCCAGGUUUCACUAAGUAAAUACU